AGAGGUUGUUUGGUUGAACUGGACGGAUUAAAGUAAUCCUCGACGGAAAUGUCUUUUGGUCCUCCGAAGUCGUCCAGCAUGGCGAUUGCCGAUAUCUUCAACUUGGCGGGAUACAAUCGGUGAUCUACGAAAACAAGUACAGCAUCCAAUAGUCGAUAGAGUUAAACAUAACAAAACGUUCUCACGCAACCAAGACUGAGGAAGAAAGCAUUACACGCAUCGAUACAUAAGCAAAUGGAGUUUUAUUUCAGCGACUCUAAUUUGAGCAAGGAUCAUUUCCUAUCGAAACUUUUGAAAGAGAAUCCUUAUGUGGAUCUUGAAAUAUUUACUAGGUGUAACAAAUUGAAAGAACUAACCACGGAUGAACAUAUGAUCAUCACAAAAAGGCAAGGGUCGACAAUGUUGAGAGUGUCUGAAGAUGGUACAUCCGAGGAAGCCAAACGUUACAAGUGAGCGAUGACCGUUUGUGGCGCCUGGUUGUGGUGCAAGGUCGAAGAAACUGGUACGUCGGCCGCUGGCCCGCGAGGCACUCCGCUCAAUGUGGGUCGUCGUCUAACUGUUCUACGUACCGUUUCUCCGCCCCUGACUCUGUAUAUCCUUCGACCAGCAACAGCAGCAGCAAUAGCGAGCGAACACCUACACGAUGACGUCUGUGUACUCCACAUUACAGGUUACACUGUAUGGUAAUAUUAUGUCGGCGAUGCGAUUGCGAUAGCAUGUGCAUUCUUCUUCUUACGCCUCUUUCAUUGGAGAGGAUCUCCCUCGUUGUAUUGAAAACUGUUCAAAACCAAUUGUCAUUAACCGCGAAAUUAUGUUACAAAAAAAUCUAGUCGAAUUUUUAACAAAAGAUUAUAUUAUAUAUUUUAACUAUAAAAUAUUUUAUUUUUGCGCACUAUUUUUACAUACAUUUACCUUCUCCCGCGACGGAGUUUUCGUCUUUCAGAUUCAACUAUUCCAUUAUUAUUGACAAUUUAUCGUUGAUUUAAUUCAAAGCUCUUAACAGACAAACAAAAAAAAUGUCUGAUGGAAAGUGUAUUUUGAAUGAGAAGCAUCCGUUCGCAUUGUCCUCACGCGACAUCCAUCUUUUACGCGUUUUACAAGUAAAUGCAAAUUUCCGUUAUCUUUUUUUGUCAUCUUAUUGGGCAUGCCGGGUUUUAGCUAUCGCCUGUCCGUAAUCGUUCGUUUCCUCGUUUCUUCCUUGCUUCGCGGACAGCCGCGGCGUUCUCCUACUCUUCAGGUCAUUUGGAGUGAGAUCUUCCUCCACCGCGUAUCCUCCUACCAUCAUCUUUCUCCUACCAUCCUGGCGACAAGGCUGUUCAGUCGUCAUACGACCUUCUUCCAGGGUUACGUUCCUGUCAGUUUCCCGCGACUCUGAUUUUUCGCCCUCGACGCGCGCCGAGAUUGCGUCAACAGAAGCAACAAUUUUUCGACGUCGAAAUCAGUACGAAAUUGUUGUACGCGAUUGUUACGUUCGACCAACUGUGUUACAUUAAAAAUCGUGUGUUGAUGGAUCAAUGAAUAAUCGCAGAAGUGCCAGGAAUUGCGAGAAGCUAAGAAAAGGCCUCGACCUGUCUGUUUCUUUUUUUCGUAAUUGAGGCAUUAUAUGUGAGAGAUGCGGAAACGUUUGUGGAUGCUCCUCGCCCUUCUGGCAUGCGCGUCAGGCGAGUACCUGAUGGGCGGCCACCUGGACAACAAUCCCGGGUCAAAGACCCGAUCCGGCAAGAUCGAGAGCUCCUCCACAUUGGGACGCAAGACACGUUUGGACGACCUUGACCUGGAUCUCGUGGCCGCGGAGAGCACAGUUGCCGCUGCCGCUGGCGAUGAGACUUCAACCAGCGACGACGAUGAUGACGUUCCACGUUACCAUAUCCCGUAUCCUUUCGCCUUCAACGGCGGCAAGCCGUUCUCUCUAGAGAAAGACCCGAUAACCGGUAAGAUCGACUUCGAGAAGGCACCGCCGGUCAAAGCUCUCAACUACACCGUUCGUUAUCGCGAGCGAGAAGAUAAGGAGAACGAAAACGGUGACAAGAGCGACGAAAAGAGCGCGAUACAGGAAAAGAGCAAGGAUAGCCACGACGUCGGCCCGAACGAGAUCAAUACGUAUACGCCUAAUUUUCACGAUUUCCUGAACCUGCCCGUUUAUUAUUCCUCGGACAAAUACGGAAACGACAAGUACCCGUUGAUCUCGAGUUCGUACGCGAAUACGAAGGUGCAGAGCGGCGCCAACAGCUACAGCACGUACAAUCACAGACCUUUUCAUCUGGAAAACGAUCUGUUCGUACGUCCCGUCAAAAAUUCGUAUCCUAUGACAAAAGCGACCACGCGCAGGACUACGACUGUCGACGAUCUUAAAGAGAAAUGGACAAGCACCACGAGCUCGUCGACGACUGUGACUCCAGUGUCGCCGUCGGUCACGACGAACUCGUCGCGCACCACACUUUCUAUCUCGACUAAAGCACCCGUUGUAACCACGUGGAAGCCGUUCAGUUCUCCGAUCGCGUUUCACUCGAUCGAUCGUACGGAGAUUGAAAACGAGAAGAAUCUUCUGCCGAUAGAGAAGCUGCACGCUUCCAGCCACGCAAGUUCUCACCGGAAUCCGAGCGACAGAACGACGGAAAAUGUACAGGUCACCACUCAUUACAAAGACCAAUCAAAUCUCAAUAAUUUCGUGGUGUCUCACGUGAAACCUGAAACGAAACCGGCAUCAAACGAAGAAUAUAAAGAUUCUUACGACGCUUACGAGUCGGAUAGCGAGGGCGAUGGCGACAGCGAGGAGAACGAUUACUUUUUACCGUUUGGAGAUUUAUUGAAAGAAAUUGUUACAUCGACACCGUCUACGACCACUACUUCCAGUACGACAUCGAAAACGACUACUAGCACCACCACGAUGGCACCAGUUACCCCUGUAUCAACGGUAGAAACGACGAUGUCAAUAUCUACGACAAUGUCAAUUGCGCCUACGCGAUCUGUAUCUUCGACGAUGGUGCCCACGAUCCAAGAAGAGAUGCCUGCGAAUAAACCAUUACAAUUUUCUACAACGACGUCGCAACAUUCGGUUGCUUCUUUGUCAUUAAACAACGAUCGAAGACCGGGUGUAACGGAGCGUUACGAUGGAAUUAUUAGUCACGGAUAUAGACCGAGUCCGAUAAUCAAGGAUGGAACGGGGGCAGGAGUUGUGAUAGAGAGCACAAGUAACAUCGUGAUACCGCCGGAUCAGGAUACCGUGUCUUUCGUUCUGGGAAAUCGCCAGAACGUCGAUGGUGGUUAUUAUUCAGUCGGGACCGCCGUCGGAGAAAAUCCUUACGGCGGUUUUGAGACUGACGCUAUAUUCUGGCCAAUUCGCAAUGAUCACGAUCCUACAAAAGAAAUCAAACACGAGCACUCUCCGAUCGUUUCUGUUACCGAAUUGAAUCCUGAUCGCGUUACGCAGAAAUGGUGGCCGCCCAAUUCCAGCCCUUUGAAAAGCAAUAAUAACGAGCAUGACUCGACGAAACCUCAGAGUCCCCUUGUCACUGCCACGGGUACGGUAGUCUACGAUAUGAACAACUCGAGCAAGGAAAGGGACUCCGGUUACAUCAUCUUUCCGGACGACGAGACGAAGAACAAGGAUACCUUGACGGAGGAACACAUCGUGAUCAUAAACGAGGCGGACGGCAGCAUUCGCGAGUUGCCACCAAAGUCGUCGAUGGCGACGAAUAAAACGACGAAGCCCAAUCCUCCCGUGAAUGACAUCAUCGAAGAUUUGCCGCAGCUGGCCGAGGAUUUGGUGCCGCCCGCGGAGAAUUCCAAACUGCCGUCUUAUUAUUAUCAUUACCAGUUCGACAUGACAAGGCCAAAUCACUCGAGACCGCAGAGACCCUUGCCGCCGCGUAUCAAGCCGCAUUCAGGGCCGCCGGUAUCCCCGUUGGACAUGAGGAAACGUCCCUACUCGCCGGACACGAAGCUACCCAACAUCUUGCCACAAUUCCGUCCCAAUGCGAAAGCGUCGCACGGUCAUCGCGGUCCGGACGUGAUAGGGACGCUACCGGCCGGGCAAAGCGUAUCCACGAGAAUCAGACAGCCGUUGCCGGCUCAUUCGUCACGAAGGCCUCUGCCACCGCCACCCUCGUAUCUUCAGCGUCUGAAUCCACCGCCUCCACCGAUUCACGUAGUCAGACUGCCGCCGACCAUCUCACCGCCUUCGAAAAUGGAUAACGUCGUCCUACCUCACGAGACGGAACCGACGAUACGAAAACUCCGUCCUCCGCACGGGAUACCGUCCGUAUCGCGCGGAGGUACGGAGGAGAAGGCGCCAUCAAAUAGAUUGUUCGUUCACGGUAACAGUGGCGUCGGUGAGGAAGGCGAGAGCAGAAAGGUGGACCGAAGUAAAAUCUCGGACGAACGCGAGAGCGAGAGUUCGGAAAGAUAUCCGGAGGAACCGCCUAUGACACCACCGAAACCGCCUCUCUUCCCAAAGCGCAGAACAGCGGAUCCGCCGCGCGUUGCGACCCUGCAGAUGAUACAGCAUCAUGGUGAAUUCGGUGACGAUGAUGAUCCUUUGCCACAAUCUGUAGAACCUGUACUCGCGCAUGAAGCAGAGCGCAGGAAAUCGGACAAUCACGAUCCGUCGGAAAUACCAGAGCAACCUGUGUACGUCGUGUAUCCGGUCAACACCGCGGUUAACAUACAUCCGGACGAUUCCAACGAAAAGGAUGGUAGCGUCGUCGUGGGUACACGAGGCCCUCAACGACCAUUACCGCCCGAUACGUUGCUUCAGGACGAGCAGGAUGAUACACACACCGUCUACAACGGCAGACCCGUCGCCCUUGAUUUUCCGUAUCCGUUAGAACGACCCGAUCCGUCAUCAGUCUUUCCUGUCGUUGGCGUGAAGGAGACGCCCGUACUGAUUCCCAGCGAGCAACGACAGCAGCAGCAACAGCAGGCUUCCGUCACGAUUGCGAACGAACGAGAGAACGAGAAAAACGAUGCGGUGAAUAUAAUCCCAUAUUUGCAAGACUUUCUGCCGUAUCGAAAGAAGAAUGAGGCGGCGAUAUCUGUGACGCUGCAUCGCACAGCGCCGAUCGCAACGUCGUUGUCGAGCUCGACGUUAGCCACGUCAACGUCGACUUCAACACCGAUCGCUUACGUUUACACACCGACGUACGCACCAUAUCCAGCACAUGAUCUCAACGAAGAUCUCGAUAAUGACGACGUUGCCAAGAGCAACGACGCGAAGCAGACGGUGCUGUUGCCUUCGCAGCAGCCUUCCAGCUCCUCCAGCUCGGCACCAGCACCGCAAAACUUCAUGGCCCCUUUUGUCGCCAGUAUGAGCGCCGAGGCGCCUAGUAAAAACGGUUGGAGCGUCGUCGUUGUCGAAUCACCUGCUGGAGCAGAAAGGAAAUCGGAUAGUGACAAUGAUGAUGCGAAACCUGUACAUUCAGAAAACAACACGCAGACCGAGAGGAAUGAGUUCGACGCCGAUAACUUUAAGCCGCAGCUCUUCGGUGGUUUCAAACCGCUCUACGAGUUUCCUACGGAGAACACGGAGCGUCACGACGUCGCUGAUACAGAUACUGAGAUAAAUAUGCCCAGGCACGCCAAGAAACUACUACCUGUGUCUGAUAAGGAAUAA